AGCGUUCAACAUCUCUUUGUCACACAGGUGCAAAUGGCAUCGCAAAUGCUAGCACGAACCGAAACGCUCGCGCAGAUCAUGCAUUGCGCUAUGCGAUGGAUCUAGCACCGUUUGGCGGCGAUGCACGCUAAUUGCCGUUCUCGUCCCUGCGCGCGCACCCUCUUCCGCGGAGGGCAGGCGUGUUUUCGCGCUCGACAAUCACGCAAACAUGUAUCCCUACGCAUGCCGCGGUCUUCCUUGAAAGUCAAAAUACUCCCAUGGUAGCAUAUUAAGAGCAUCAAGAAGACUGAAACCCACUUUGUCGGCUAGGGAUGCCGAAGAUCAUGGCAAAUUGGAACUGUAUUACACCGACCCAUCACUCGCGCCAUCAAUCGAGAGCGCGUAUAUUGUAUCUUGGGCUGCGCGCGCCACAACAAAGUCUGGCAAUUGUCUUCGCAAAGUACUUGGUGGUCGGAAGCGUCUCGGUAAGCCGUAUCCAAAACUCACCACUAUAUGCUUUCGCUCGAUUUUUGUGCCCUCAACUCGCAAGACUUGCCCCAGCGAUGCGGCAUUGCUACAGAGCCACAUCCACGAGAAUACGGUCAGGGCGCAGCGACUGAGUCGUGUUUGGCAACGCGCGGCAGCCCAGUUGGAGUCAGACUCGAGACUUCUUGGGCGCGGAACGUGGUCAUCCUUCUCUUCUCUCGAUCCUUGGCAGCUACAUCGAUCAAGCUUCAGAAUGCGGUGAGCCAUGAAGAUCCGCGGUGCAAUAAGGUCCACGCGCAGCCCCGGGAUGCCACGUACACAUAUAGCUUUUCCCAAGCGCCACCUCGCCAAGACGUGCCUGUGUCAGGUCGUGUGAGGACUCGAUGCGACUCACAAGUAUAUAAGGUACCUAUCUCAACCGGCCAGGUGCAACAUAGAGCUCUUACGUUGAGCGCCCUCACACUGCAUUCAUGCGCGUAGUUGCCGCUACCCUUCACA